AUUUUCAUUUAAAAACUAAUAAAGUUCCGAAUUUGUGACUAAUCUGGUUUUGAGUAUUAGUAUCCGAGUACUGCAAGGCGAGUACUUACCACUAUAUUGUGGGUUUUCAGCACUUGGAUGGAUGUAUGAACUUCAUGGCAUAUACCAAAUCCCCAAAAUUGUUCCAACGCUGGCUUUCAAUUUCUAACUAUCCCCAAAUCUGGGAAAUUUUGAAAUAGCUAAUUAAGAAUAUUCGUCAAGUCUAAAUCAGUUUUCCACGUGGGUAAUUGAGUUAGGGUUAGCAUAGUAGAGAACUUUGUUACUGUGCCGCUAAUAAUGCACACUUUUGUUUACCAAUAUUGCUGUUUGUUAAGUUACUGCAAGUGUUCCUUUUGCCCAAAAAUGUUCUGAACCAAACAGGCGGCUAAGGUUACUUGACGCUCCUUGAUGGGUCACACGAAUUUUGAGAGUUUUGAAACUUGUUGGAGGUUUAGUUAGUGAAUGGGUUUAUUUCUAAGAAUGUCAUGAGUUCGGUGCCCAUCUUUUUUCUUGAAGCUUCAUAGUUUUGAACUGCAGUUUCUGAUGGCAUAAUUGAUUUUUUUCCGAACUUGACUUUCUUAAAUUUUGUUCAAAGUACCUGAGUUCAAUGUAUUGCAGCAUUUGAAUGCUUCAAUAUGCCCGAUCUAUACUGUAUCUUUUGUAUGUACAAUAUUGGAUCUUACCAUGAUCUGUGUUUUGUCCAUCAUUAGAUAUUCAUAUGCUGUGUAUUUGUGCAGAAAUGUGAGUUGGCUUAAAUUGGCAACCCAGGGGCUUGUGUUGAGGAUUGCAUGCCCUUAGCUGUCAGAGUUAAAAUCUGCAAGCUGUGACCAUGUCAUCUUCAUAUCUCCCAGCCACUACUGAUUCUCUAGCUCAGGCUUCUGAGGCUACAUCACCAUCUAACGCCAUCUCUAUUCUUUACCGCAUCCUUGAUAACCCAUCUUCUGCUUCUGAGGCCCUAAGGAUCAAAGAGCAGGCAAUCUCCAAUCUCUCUGACCUCCUUAGACAGGAGAAUAGGGCAGAGGAACUUAAAAACCUUCUGACCCAGUUGCGCCCCUUCUUUUCUUUGAUCCCCAAGGCAAAAACUGCAAAAAUUGUUCGAGGAAUCAUUGAUGCAGUGGCUAAAAUACCAGGUACAUCUGACCUUCAGGUUACACUUUGCAAGGAUAUAGUGGAGUGGACCCGUAAGGAGAAGCGGACAUUUCUUCGUCAACGAAUUGAGGCAAGACUCGCAGCUCUUUUGAUGGAAAACAAGGAAUACUCUGAAGCAUUGACCCUCCUUUCAGGACUGAUUAAGGAGGUGAGAAGAUUGGAUGAUAAGCUGCUUCUUGUGGAGAUUGACUUGCUGGAGAGCAAGCUACAUUUCUCGCUGAGAAAUCUUCCCAAAGCCAAGGCUGCGCUCACAGCUGCUCGAACAGCAGCCAAUGCUAUUUAUGUGCCUCCAGCUCAGCAAGGUUCUAUUGAUUUGCAGAGCGGGAUCCUUCAUGCGGAAGAGAAGGAUUAUAAAACUGGUUACAGCUAUUUCUAUGAAGCAUUUGAAGCAUUCAAUGCCCUUGAAGAUCCCCAGGCCAUAUACAGCCUCAAGUAUAUGUUGCUUUGCAAAAUCAUGGUCAACCAGUCUGAUGAUGUUGCAGGAAUAAUAUCAUCCCCAAAGGUUGGAUUGCAAUAUCAGGGGCCAGAAGUCGAUGCAAUGAAAGCUGUUGCGGAUGCACAUUCCAAGCGCUCCUUGAAGCUCUUCGAGACUGCUCUUCGGAACUUUAAGGCUCAGCUAGAUGAAGAUCCUAUCGUCCACCGGCACCUGUCUUCCCUCUAUGACACUUUGCUUGAGCAGAACCUUUGUAGAUUGAUUGAGCCCUUCUCGAGAGUUGAGAUUGCUCAUAUUGCUGAGUUGAUAGAGUUGCCUGGUGACCAUGUUGAGAAGAAGUUAUCUCAAAUGAUUUUGGAUAAGAAAUUCGCUGGGACCCUGGACCAGGGUGCUGGAUGCCUUAUAAUUUUUGAGGAUCCUAAACCAGAUGCAAUUUUUCCAGCUACGUUGGAGACUGUUUCAAAUAUGGGGAAGGUUGUUGAAAGUCUGUUUGUAAGAUCUUCGAGAAUAAUAGCUUGAGUGUUAGAUCCGUUGGAAACCGUUUCAAAUAUGGGGAUAAGUUGUUGACAGUCUGUUUGUAAGAUCUUCGAGAACAAUAGCUUGAGUGUUAGAUCUUUUUUUGACGUGUAUCUUUUCCCUUUAUGUGCUCUACCUUUUGUGUGCUGCACGCAGCCUCUGUUUUCAGCAUUUGACAUUCUUUAUAUUAUAAGGUUCCUUUCCUGAUA